AUGUCCGCCACCAUGAAGAAAGCGGUCGCCGAGGACGUCAAUGUCACCUUCGAGGACCAGCAGAAAAUUAACAUCUUCGCCAGGAACACGAGUCGGAUCACAGAGCUGAAAGAUGAGAUUGAGUUGAAGAAGAAAGAGCUCCAGAAUUUGGAGGACGCCUGCGAUGACCUCAUGAUGCUGGACGACUCCUUGUUAAUUCCUUACCAGAUCGGCGAUGUGUUCAUCAGUCACUCUCAGGAGGAGACGCAGGAGAUGCUAGAAGCUGCCAAGAAAGCGCUGGAGGAAGAAAUGGAAUCGUUACAGUCACGGGUAGAAUCUAUACAGCAAGUGCUCUCUGAUCUUAAGAUCCAGCUUUACGCCAAGUUUGGAAACAACAUCAACCUAGAGGCGGAUGACAGCUAA